CGGGCCGGGGUUUAAACCCGAGCCGGGCGGCUGCUCAGGCGUGCUGCAGACGAACGGCUGUUGGUGCUUACGAGGCUGGGCAGCGGGGCCUGGGCUUUUCUGCUUCGGCGCACAGAGCCCCUGCUCUCGAGGACGCCAUGGCGCUCCGGGUCACCAGGAACACGAAAAUUAACGCUGAAAAUAAGGUCAAGGCCAGUAUGGCAGGCGCCAAGCGUGUACCUCUAACCAGUGUUGCAGCCUGCAAGCCUGGGCUGAGGCCACGUACAGCUCUUGGAGAUAUUGGUAACAAAGUCAGCGAACAGCUGCAAACCAGGGUGCCUCUAAAAAAGGAAGCCAAAACUUCAGCUACUGGAAAAGUUACUGCUAAAAGACCGCCAAAAUCUUUGGAAAAGGUCCGUGUGUGUGAGCCAGAGCUGGAGCCUGAGCCCGCGCCUGAGCCUAUAAAUGAAGAAGAAAAACUUUCUCCCGAACCUAUUUUGGUUGAUACUCCCUCUCCAAGCCCAAUGGAAACAUCUGGAUGUGCCCCUGCAGAGGACUAUCUCUGUCAGGCUUUCUCUGAUGUAAUUCUUGCAGUGAGUGAUGUGGAUGCAGAAGAUGGAGCUGAUCCAAAUCUCUGUAGUGAAUAUGUGAAAGAUAUAUAUGCUUAUCUCAGACAACUGGAGGAAGAGCAAUCAGUUCGACCAAAAUACCUUCUGGGUCGUGAAGUCACUGGAAACAUGAGAGCUAUCCUAAUUGACUGGCUAAUACAGGUUCAGAUGAAAUUUAGGUUGCUGCAGGAGACCAUGUACAUGACUGUUUCCAUUAUUGAUCGGUUCAUGCAGAAUAACUGUGUGCCCAAGAAGAUGCUGCAACUGGUUGGUGUCACUGCCAUGUUUAUUGCAAGCAAAUAUGAAGAGAUGUACCCUCCAGAAAUUGGUGACUUUGCUUUUGUGACAAACAAUACUUACACUAAGCACCAGAUCAGACAGAUGGAAAUGAAGAUUCUCAGAGUCUUGAACUUCAGUCUGGGGCGCCCUCUGCCUCUGCACUUCCUUCGUAGAGCAUCUAAAAUUGGAGAGGUCGAUGUUGAGCAACAUACUUUGGCUAAAUACCUAAUGGAGCUAACUAUGUUGGACUACGAUAUGGUGCACUUUCCCCCUUCGCAGAUUGCAGCAGGCGCUUUUUGCUUAGCACUGAAAAUUCUUGAUAAUGGUGAAUGGACACCAAUUCUACAGCAUUACCUGUCCUACACUGAAGAAUGCCUUCUUCCUGUUAUGCAGCACCUGGCUAAAAAUGUAGUCAUGGUGAACCGUGGACUCACAAAGCACAUGACUAUCAAGAACAAGUAUGCUACAUCUAAGCAUGCGAAGAUCAGCACUCUAGCACAGCUGAAUUGUACUUUAGUUCAGAAUUUGGCCAAGGCUGUGGCAAAGGUGUAACUUGUUGGAAUGCUACAUCUGCGAAUACAAUUGGCACCGUGUGCUACCUGUAUAUACGCUCUUUACUCACUUUUCAAUAAAGGUUAUGGCUCUUUUUACUUCU